AUGAAUGACGAUGAUAUUAUUACAGUAGAUGAAGCUGAAAAUGAAAUUAGUGAAAAAAAUAAUAAUAUUAUAAUUAAUCCAAUAUAUAUUAAUCAAAUAUCUAACAAAAGAAGGGGAUGUUUAAGGCUCCAUUCUGAUUUAAUUAUAAAAUAUGUUAAUAGAAUAUCAGCAAGUUAUGGUAGGGCUCAUUGUGUUAAACCAUAUGUUUUGAUAAAGAAACAAAAUUCAAAGAUAUCAGCUGAAAUUGAGCCAAAUUCUAAAAUUGAUGAAUUUUCUGAAAUUGAUAGAGAAAUUUCUGAUGUAAUCAAUCAAGUUUCUAAACAUGCUAGCAGUAAUAAUAUUUUUGAUUUCUCAAAUAGUAGAAAUAAUACUGAUGAUCAUAUUCAUUAA